GCGACAGUCGAGCGGUAAACAGGUCGAUAAUGAGUCAACUCUACGACAUCCAACUGGAGAGGCCUAGUGGGGUCUACUAUGCUGGUGAGACGGUCAAUGGCCACAUCUAUUUAACACUACCGGAGCGUGCUCUAAUAAAAGCAAUUGCCUUGGAGUCAAAUGGUUUUGCAUACAGUUCUUGGCUGAAGCCGCAAAAGCAAAAAGCUUCAAAGAAACAACAAGUGGCCAAGCCGCCUUUGGCCUUUGAGAAACGAGCCGACUACUUCGCCAAGGUCGAUUACUUUGUUGGAUCGGAGCACGCUCUUCCGCAGAUUAUCGAUGCGGGCACCUACAGAUACGACUUCAGUGUGCAGUUGCCAAUGAAUUGUCCCAGUAGCUAUGAGGGAGCUCAUGGCCACAUUCGCUACACUCUGCAGCUGAUGUUGUACCGCUCAACGGAUCAGCCAGCUGAGAUGGCUGUGAUGCGCACCCUGCAGGUGUUGCAACGUUGCGAUACAUCGCCAGGCCAGCUGACAAGUCCCUGCGAGGUUCAAAGCAUGGAACAGACUUCAAAGCUUAAGUUCUGGCAGCGACCGCUGCAGCUGCAAUUGGAUAUUCCCAGAUCGGGCUAUGAGCCCGGAGCAUGCAUCUCAGUGCACGUAAAACUGGAUAACCCACAACAGCUGAAGUUGAAAACGCUGACCUAUAAGCUGAACCUGGUCAGCACCUACAUGGGUCAACAUCAAAGCAGACCCAAGCGUACGGAGUUUAAAGUGGAGCGUCGCUAUUUGGUCAGCACCAGUCAUCAGUUGAACGCAGUCCCACGCCACGAGCUGCUCAACUUUCAGCAUUUGCAGACGUUGCAAGUGCCACAGACACCUGCCACACUGAGUGCAGAUGUUUGUGCUUGCCUUCAGCUUAGCUAUGAAGUGGAAGUCUUAGUGCAAACCACAUCGCCAGAACGUUCCAUCUUGGCCCGAAUCCCAGUGAUAGUGACGAAUCCCACACCUCUGCAGGAUUGCCAAGUGCAACAACCCAUGGUUCGCACACCUUUCGAUCCGAUUGGCAAAGGCGCGUGCAGUUCACCUAAUCAGACACCUGAACACAACUCUCUCGCGAUGACAGCACCUAAUCUAAGCCAGUCGAUGAUCUCAUUAACUUCCAACUUCCGUGAGGCUGAGUUCAUGGUGGCUACUAAUCUAAACAAGAAGGACAAGCACGCCAUGUCAGGGGAAAACAUAGAUUUCAGACCGCGAUAUUUAUACUAUGAAAUGGAGCAUGCCGAAACCGAAAAGGUGUUGUAAAAGGGGAAAACUGUGGAGUCAGUUUUGAGAUUAUAGAUUUAGCAUAAGUAAUGUGUUUUAAGUUUGUACAUUUAAAGUAUUAUGUAGUAUAAAAAUGUUAUCUACGCUAUGACCGUUUGCAAGAAAUAGAAUGUGAACUUAAUUUUUGGUAAUAACAAAAAUUUAAAUAGUAGUGUACUCUUUGCAGCGUAUUUAGUAAUAGUUGAUUUGAAAUUUUAAAAGUAUUUUGUUUCAGAGAACCUUGAAGAGAAAUAAUACAAAUAAGUUAGAUUUUUAAUAAAUGUAAGCUACAUCGUAUUUAUACUAGAAAGUAUCUCAACUGCAAUUUAUUCUGCCAUUAGCAAAGCUUAUGAUAGAAGCUAGCCUUUGUAGCUCUCAAGAGCAAAAGUCUUUCAGCUUAUUUUCACUUUAAUUUAGCAAGGUAACUCUCCGAUAGGUGAAGUUUUUCCACAUUUGGUGUAAUUUUAUAAUUCGUAUAUUUUUUUAAUAACUAGCUAACUUUGGCGGUAUCUUCGCCCGAGUUGCAUUUAAAUAGAUAUUUCUCUUGCUUACAUUUAAAAUGUUUUAGUUGCGUUGAUUAUUAAUUAAAUGUAUUUUUAAUUGUGUACAUAUGUGUUUUUAAUUAUAUUUAAGGUCGGUCAGAAGAUUGUAUCAAAAGUACCAUAUCUGUUCAUUACAAUUUCAAAAGUCAAGUCUGUAUUUUUAAUUUAGUAGCGUGUCGGACAGAAACAUGCAGUAAAAAUAACUAUGUUUGUGUUUUACAAUUUUAAAGUCAAGUCUAUAUUAUUAUAUUUAUAUUUAUUAAUUAUCUUGUUCACAUGUGUUCUAAGUGACUUUGAA